UGACCUAUUUCCCUAUCUUUCUAAAUAGAUGUUCUUGUCCAUCGAUUUCCAUCUUCUUCCUCGCGGUCCUAUUGCCAUCUUUCUUCAUCUUCUUCAAAAACUCAAGGUUUAUUUUGAAGGUAAAUAUAAUGGCUAGGUCAUAUGCCUCCUCAAAUUCCCAAAGAGAGAGUAGCAAUUAUGGUGAGGCAACUCUAAUGGCAGAAUGCAAAUGCGAAAAUCAAUUGAAAGUGAUCACUUCAUGGACAAAUGAAAACCCUGGACAAAGAUUUUGGGUAUGUCGAGACAAUGGAAAUGCAAGAUGUAGGUUCAUACAAUGGUUCGGCCCUCCUAUGUGUAAAAGGUCAAAGAAGAUCAUUCCAGGGUUGUUUAAGAGGUUGAAUAAAGAAGAUGAAGAGUUGAAGUCAUUGCAAAUGAGGCUCAGAUUGGUUGUGAAUGGUGCAAGAACAGAGGAUAAGUAUUGGUUUAAGAGUUGGCAAUUCAAAGUUGUAGUGUUGGUAAUUAUAGUUGUUCUUACUUCUUAGUGUUAGGUUAUUGAGUAGUGGUAUGAAUGCAUCAUCUAAUUGUAAACCUUUGAAUCAAUUGAUGUGAGGAAAUGGAAGCAAAAAUCUUUUGCAAUAGAUGUGUAUUUCAAUCUAUGUACUGGAAU